AUGGACAUACUCACUUAUUCAUCUAGUGCAUUCAUAAUAGUUACUGUUUUAUAUCGUCCUUUCAUUACAAAAUUGGAUCGAGUGAAAUAUUUCAUGUUCACCGCAACAUCGUUUUGUGUAACUCUUUUGUAUAUCAUCUUGUCUUAUUCAACAGGGAAUGAUAGUGGAUCAGCAAAAGUAAAUCUAACGUUCCCAUUAGUCGAUGCAACUACUAUUGGUGCCAUUACUGCACUAUCAGUAUCGAUAAGUGGACUUUUUACGCGCUGGGACCUUCCUAUUCUUUUUAUACGACCAGGAGUCAGUUCUUGUUUGUACAACAUGAUCAGCCGCCGUGGAUUGUUUUUUAUUGCCUUGUCCAGCCAGAUGAAUUAUUUUGCACAAUGGUCUGUCCUUUGGUUCGCAUCUUUUCUUUGCAUAUGGUCGGUAUCUGGUGGAUAUCUUCUGCGCCGGCGACAAUCUUUAAUUUGUUCGUCCUCAGUAGCAGCAGUUUUGGGGAUGUCAUGCACUCACUUGUCUUCAAGUAUGUCAAUUAUGAACAACUGGAAAUUUGUCAACUGGUUUGCGUUUACUAGCCUCGUGGUGGCGGGAUGUUGCGUCUUGGAUCAUCUUGACGCACUCCUCAAUACGUUCCCACACCUUGUUUUGACCAACCCACGCGACCAUUACAUUAUACAAAACCCCCUUGGAGGCGAUUAUUGGCGGUGUUUUGUGUGGCUUCUAUUCCACAUGCCUUCCGAGAAUAAUAUACCCUCAGGCCCUAUCGAUGAUCUUCGGGUGGUUAUACGACUACUAGGACCAGUUUCGCGAUCCUGGAAGGCCAUGUCAGCACUUUUCCCAACAAACCUCCGACACGAACUUUGCCUUCUUUACGCAUUUUUUCGUACUGCCGAUGAUUUGAUUGAUAAUGCAUCUAGCAAGAAACAAGGGAUAAAACAUCUUGAGAUGCUCAAAUGUUUUCUUGAAGAAGUAUUCAGUUGCAACAAACAGUAUUCUCCUUUGGCCAAUGAUCCUAGCUUAUCAUCGCACAUCCACUGGAGCUUUUAUGCCGGUCUAUUAUCUCCAGACGCAUUAUCUGUUUUUCGAUCCUUUGCAAGAGUUUCUGUGUGCCUUGAUCAGACAGUUGUAAAUGAGUUGGUGAACGCAUGGAAGCUUGACCUCAAAGGCGAAUCUCUCAAACACGAAGAAGAUUUACUAAACUACGCAGAUCUGAUAUCGGGCACUUUUGGUGAAAUGUGUGCUCAUGUCAUAAUGUAUAAAGGUGGUCAUGGCAAUUGGAACCUCAAUCGACAGGUGCGUAAGGAGAAUAUUCUCAAACAAGCACGAGCGGUUGGACAGCAGUGUCUUCAAUUGGUCAACAUUUCUAGAGAUAUUCUCUCUGACAGCUUAGACGGAAAAUGCUACGUGCCUUUACAAUACAUGCUAAAUCCUCUUCAGGAGUACAGGUCACUGACUGUGUGCCGCGCACCAUUUAAACUUGGGAGACAGACAUUGAAAGCGUAUGCACUGAAAAUGUUAGAGUUGGCAGAUCAACAAACGGAUCUAGCUUACAAAGGAAUCGAAGGCCUUCCAUAUGAAGUACGCGACGGUUUUAGGGGCGCGUUUGAAGUUUACAUGGCCAUAUCAAGCGAACUUCGACAGAAUUCCAGCUUCCCUUUGAGGGCAAAAGUACCCGUUUGGAGACAAAGACUUAUUGGCAUUGGUCACCUUUAUGGCUUAUUUAGACUUUUAGAUAAUUUACAAAAUACAUAUGAGCGUCUAGUCCACUUGUCAAUUCACUUUCGUUUUUGA